UGAUUCGUUUCAAUCAGCCAAUGGGAAAGUCAUGAUUCAUAUGCAAAUAUGUAUAAGCCAAUCAGAUUUAUUCCCGCUAUGGCUUGAGUUUACCGUUACUCGUAUUUGUGUUACUGUUUACGGCAAGGUUUUGGGAAAAAACAAAGGAUACAACAACAAAAAAUGAGCAGACGUAGCAAGAAAGAAUUUGCAGUAGACGAGGAGGUACGAGCCAAAUGGCCAGGUAGUAGUCUGUGGUUCAAAGCAACUGUUCUAAAUAUCAACGACGAUGAUAUAUCACUAAAAUUUGAAGAUGGAACAGAGGAAAUUGUGAAAAGCAAAGAUAUUUCCAAAACUAAAGCUUUUCGGUCAAGGUCGCGGUCUAAAUCUCCAGGAAGACGCAGGAGCCGUUCCAGAUCCCCAGCCAGGCGGAAAGUUUCACCUGCCAGGCAAAAAGCUUCGCCUGGCAGGCAGAAGAAAGUUUCCCAAAGCCCUGCAAGACAACUGAAACAGAAAGAAGUCAGGAAGGAUAAUGCAGCCGAAGACCAAACAGAUGCACCUGCUGAAACGCCUACUAGACGCUCCUCCAAAAGAAUUGUUACUAGCAUUUCCCAGGCUACUACAGAAACCAGAACUUAUGGCACACGUUCUGCAGUGAAGGCUGGAAAGCAGACUAUUGACGUGCCGUUACAGUCUUUCUCAUCCAGGGUAGCCAAGACGACCCAUUAUGAGUUUGGUGGGCCAAUAGGUGCAACAUUUACUGUGGUUUUCCUUCCACUGUUCAUGUAUUACCUGUACUUCGUCUGUGGAAAGGAAAAGUGUGAGUUGACUUUAAAGCCCGACUUCAGCAAGAAUUGGAAGGAUUAUUAUGAUUUUGAGGCCUACAUGAUUUUCUUGGGUUGGAUGGUAUUCCAAGCUGCUCUCUACAUACUUCCAAUUGGCAAGGUUUGCCAAGGACAACAGUUGAAAAAUGGAAGUAGGCUGCAAUACCGUCUCAAUGGUUUCUUUGCAUUCUUUGUGAGUGUUGCGGUAUUUUUUGGGCUGUACCACAAAGGCUAUUCAGUUACAGUGGUUUACAACAAGUUCCUGCCACUGAUGACGGCAUCUAUUCUCUUCUCAUUUGUCAUGUCUGUUCUUCUUUAUAUCAAGUCAAUGUUUGUACCAAACAACCAGCUUGCUCCUGGAGGCAAUUCUCAUUGCACCAUUUAUGAUUUCUUCAUUGGCCAUGAGCUGAACCCCCGUAUUGGAAGCUUUGACUUGAAAUUUUUUUGUGAACUUCGACCGGGUCUGAUUGGUUGGGUACUGAUUGACAUGAGCUUUUUGUUAAAAGCAUUUGAGAAAGGCUCUGCAAUGGAUAACCUUCCCUUAAUCAUUCUUGUCUGUUUCCAUACUUUGUAUGUAGCAGAUGCCCUCUGGUUUGAGGAUGCCAUCUUGACAACCAUGGAUAUCACAUCCGAUGGCUUUGGUUUCAUGCUAGUGUUUGGCGAUCUAGCAUGGGUACCAUUUGUGUAUUCCCUUCAAGCACGCUACCUUGUUGAUAACAGCCUUAAAAUUGCUUACAGGAACUACUAUUUGGCUGCUGUUGUCUGUUUUGGACUUAUUGGCUAUUAUAUCUUUCGAUCAUCCAACCUUCAAAAGAACAUGUUCCGAAAAAACCCCAACAAUCCUAGUCUGCAAGAUUUGGAAACGAUACAGACACCGAACAAGAAGCUUCUGGUAGGUGGCUGGUGGGGCUGGGUACAACAUCCCAAUUACCUUGGUGAUAUCUUGAUGGCCUUCUCUUGGUCUCUAUGCUGUGGUUUCCAAAGCGUCAUCGUGUAUUACUAUCCGUUUUAUUUGACCGGAUUGCUCAUCCACCGACAAAGGCGUGAUGACCACCACUGCCAUCAGAAGUAUGGUGCAGCUUGGGACAAGUACACUCAAAGAGUUCCUUACAGAAUAUUUCCAAAGGUUUACUAAAUUUCAAAACAGUACUAAGUCAUAGAAUAAGGAUAUUUUAUUCUGUUCUGUCAUCUCCAAAGAAUUGACAACAUUGAAGUUUCAUCGUGUUCAUAACUUGGGAAUAUUUUGAGGGGGAGGGGGAAGAAGAUUUAAACAGUCAUCAUGAUUGAAGUAUGAUAAUAUUUGAUCUAUUUUUAUCAGUAGCGGAUCCAGGUCUUUUUUAGCCAGUGGGGGUGCCAUUGACAAUCAGGGACCUAUUGUCCAAGAGGAAGGGUUUGGGGUGUUCCCUUACCCAUGUCCAGGAAAAUGUUGGCCCUCAAAGCAUUGUAGUUUCAGCCUUUUAAAUCUAGUUUUUUUACACUUGGUUGAUUUUUUUGGCUGCUUUCCCUACGCUGCCUUCUGGAUCCACCACUGUUAUGCUAGAAUAUCUCAGGGGGUGUUUUGGUGGGAAAGUGUGUUUAAGGAGGUUGUCACCAUUUUAUAUCUAUUCAGCUGUUUUCACCUGUGUAAAUAAUUGAUGUGAUUAGUGUUUCAGUAUUUGAUUUUUAAUUCUUUUUCCCACAGCUUCAUGAGAGAUGAAAUUUUAUUUAUUUAUUUUUCUUUUUUUUUUUUUAGUAAUGAAAUAAAAUAAGAAGCUCAUUGUUUAUGGCUAUGUGUAUUUUCUCACCUUGUUUGUCUUUUAAUUAUUUUUUUAUGGAGGUUAGCAUAUGACCUUGCUGUUAAAAUACUGUACUAUCAAAGUGGACACGUGCCACACAAUUAAUAAACAAUGAAUUGAAUUGUACUGUUUAUAAAGAUUGUAUACACUACAGUAUCUUUUUUUCUGUCUUCUGUAAUUGUAAUUUUGUAAACUGUAACUUGUGUAUAUCAUAUAACAUUGUAUUUCUGCAAAAUGUUUUCAUAGAUAUGCAGAAUUUAAAUUUAACUAGUUUUGGGGGGUUUUUUAACCCCUGUCUGUAAGACAGAUUUAUUACAUACAGACCUCAUUAAGAAUGUUAAUUAUUCAACUAAUUAAUUUAAAUAUAUCGAAUUUAAUUUGCCGUUUUUAAAGUGGUGGAAUUGCUGGAGGACGAAAUACUCUAUGAGGUUAGUUUUGGGGGUUUUUUCACCUCUGUAUGUAAUACAGAUUUAUUACAUACAGACCUCAUUAAGAAUGAUAAUUAUUCCACUAAUUAAUUUAAAUCUAUUGAAUUUAAUUUGCCAUUUUUAAAGUGGUGGCAUUGCUGGAGAAUGAAAUACCCUAUGAGGUUUUUUGCGAAGAUGUAAUCUUUUAAAUCUUGUAUAAAUUUAGCUUAAGUUGUGUAUUUAUUACAUGUGUUUAUUUUCUUUUUGACUGUAAAAUACUAAGGUUUUCGUAUUUAGUUAUUGUAGAUAUUUCAUUAUUGACAAACUAGGCAUUGGUAGUGUAUUAUGUUGAAUAAGUCAGUCACUGAGUCAGUCUGUUAUGCACUAAUAAGCAUUGCUUACAGAAGCAAUGGUGUUGGAUAAGGGCUUUGUUGAAAGAAGAAUGUCAAAUUUUAUUUGAUUGUCGUUGAUGAUUGGUAAAUCAUACCCCCUCAUUCUAAAAUCACAACUUUGUGGAAAACGGAUGAUGAAAGAGAUGAACGUCCGCAGAGGAAUAAUAGCAAUUUAUUAUCAUCCUAAAGGCCUAUUUACACAGCAUGAGAGCCUCAAGCGACAGAAAAAACAUGUCACACAGUGCAAUCCAUUUACCCAGCGCAUGACAUCUGUGACACAAGUAAUUUUUUUUUUGCCAAUCGCUGAUUGGUCACAAUACUGUAUUUUUGUUGUGCAAAUUAAUAUAUGCAAAGCAUCACAUCGUUUUGCUGUGUAGUCGCGUUCAGUGUGGAUUACGAUAUAGAUCAUUACACGUUCCACUUUUUCUGCUACUGUCGCUGUCUGUGCAAAUAUGCCUUAACAAUAGCACUUUGAUUUUUCUAUAAAAAAAAAAAUGUACUGUAUGGGUAUUUGUAUUUAAUACAGUGGUAGUGCCAGGCCCCUGAUGUUGGGGAGAAAAAAAAAAUUCUAUGUAAUAUUUAGCCUAGUGUUUUUAAGCUCUAAGGGAUUUAGGCAUCGGGUCCCACCAGAGUCUAGACCCCACUGGUGACCUCUAGUCAGACAGCUUAGUGCUGCACACCCCCAUGUCAAUCGACCUGGCGCUGCCACUGCCAUGUGUCAUUUUAAGCAUGUUUUGUCGUUUUAAUUUCAUUUUAUUUUAAGAUUUUUUGUUAUUCAUCAUUUAUUGGAUCUUAAUGCAUAACCUUUUUGAUGUGUCAUUAAAUAAAUAGGUCAUAACACAAAUAAGUUUGAAUACACCAAUACAUAGUUUUGAAUUUGAAUGACAAUUUUAAUAAAACAUGUACAUUCUGAGUGCUCUUUACAUUUUGAAAAUAAAUGAUUCAAAAUAUGUUGGUAA